AUGGGUACAACCUGGAGCCAAUUCUUCCCUCCCUCGCCAGUCUUCACUGAAAAAGAAUGCGGAGAUCUUUCAGGAAAGGUUUUCAUCGUGACUGGCGGAGCUUCUGGCGUCGGUCGCGAACUCGUCAAUUUGUUGUUCUCCAACAACGGAAUUGUCUACAUCGCCGCACGGUCCAAGGCAAAGGCUCAAGACACUAUCGCGUGGUGCCGAGCGGAGCAUCCAGGGUCUACAGGCCGGGUCGAAUUUCUUUACCUGGACUUGGAUGAUCUGACUGGGAUCAAAGCCUCUGCCGACGAAUUCAUGGCCAAAGAGACCCGGCUGGAUGUUCUCUGGAAUAAUGCCGGUGUUAUGGUGCCACCAGGCUAUGAGCUACAGCUUGGCACAAAUUGCCUAGGUCAUUUUCUGUUCACUCAGAAACUACUCCCUAUUCUCACUCGAACGGCCGAAACAGCACCUAAGGGGUCAGUCAGAGUUGCUUGGGCUGGGUCAUUGGUGAUCGAUUUGGGGGCCCCGUCUGGUGGGAUUGAUAUGGAAAAUAUCACAUGGUCCAAAAAGGCCGGGAGUCAGCGAGACAAGUACGCACAGAGCAAAGUUGGGAACAUGUUCUUGGCAUCUGAAUUCGCUAAGAGAGAUAAACACCGUGAUGUAAUUCACGUGGCGUUCAAUCCGGGAAAUCUGAAGAGUCCCCUGCAGCGACAUAUUUCUCGAGUCGCUGAAGCUUCAAUUUCAUGGAUGCUGCAUCAUCCUAGGUUUGGAGCUUACACGGAACUGUUCGCGGGACUGUCACCCGAGAUAAAAGCCGAACAAACCGGAUCUUAUAUCAUCCCAUGGGGAAGAAUCUCUGUCCCUAGAAAGGAUCUGCUCGAGGCCAUGAGAAGCCGAGAAGAAGGCGGAUCUGGAAUUGCUGCUGCGUUUUGGAGUUGGUGCGAGACUGAAACUGCAAAGUAUGAUAACUAG